CUGGAACAGGUUACCCAGAGUGGUGGUGGAGGCUCCAUCCCUGGAGACACUGAGGAUCAAGCUUGACGUGGCUCUGAGCAACCUGGCCUAGAGGAAGACGUCCCAGCUUACUGCAGGAGGGUUGGAGUAGAUGACCUUUAAAGGUCCCUUCGAACCUGAACCCUUCUAUGAUUCUGUAAACUCAAGAGUGCUCCACUGAGCUGUGGGUUCCUCUCAGCAGUAUGAGAGACAGUUGGCAGAGACAAAAGGCAGUCAGUUAAAGGAGUUAACUCUUUCUCAGGAAGACUGAAGAAAGGACAAUCCUGAAAACCCUUUGAGUAUUUCCAGAGGAAAAUGCUAAUAGGUUCCUGGAUUAUCGAGACCCACAGGCAUUACACCACGUGGAAAACUGAAGGUGUAUGUAAGCUGAAUGUAGAGAAGAAUUCCAAAUAAGCUGGACUGAUGUGCACAGAGAAGGAAUGAAGUAUGGAUGUGAAGGAACGUAGGCCUUAUUGCUCCCUGACAAAGAGCAGACGGGACAAGGAACGGCGCUAUACAAAUUCUUCUGCAGAAAAUGAGGAGUGCAGAGUGCCUACACAGAAGUCUUACAGCUCCAGUGAAACCCUGAAAGCUUUUGAUCAUGAUUCCUCUAGGUUGCUGUAUGGAAACCGGGUAAAAGACUUGGUCCACAGAGAAGCAGAUGAGUAUACCAGACAAGGACAGAAUUUUACCCUAAGGCAGUUAGGAGUUUGUGAACCAGCAACUCGUCGAGGACUGGCAUUUUGUGCGGAAAUGGGGCUCCCCCACAGAGGUUACUCUAUCAGUGCAGGGUCAGAUGCUGAUACUGAAAAUGAAGGAGUGAUGUCUCCAGAGCAUGCCAUGAGACUUUGGGGAAGGGGGGUCAAAUCAGGGCGCAGUUCCUGUCUAUCAAGCCGUUCCAACUCAGCCCUCACUCUAACUGAUACCGAACAUGAAAACAAGUCCGACAGUGAAAAUGGUCCUCCCAUGCCAUCCUCCUCAUCUAGUCCAUCAGUUACUGAACAUUUACACUCCCCUCCUCCAUCACCCAAUCUCCAUGACAACCAGAGGUGGUUAUUAAGUAAUAAUGCCAGCCAGCCAGUUCAGGACUCUGAUACAGAUGAGGACUAUACUGCCAGCUCAUAUCUAGUACAGACCGGUACUGUUUCAGUGUCUGUCCCAAGUCAUGAACAACCUCCAAAUAACCAAGGCCAGUCGACCCUGCAGCCUUUGCCACCUUCUCACAAGCAACAUUCAGCACAGCAUCACCCAUCCAUCACCUCUCUUAACAGAAACUCACUGACAAAUAGGAGGAAUCAGAGUCCGGCCCCGCCGGCUGCUUUGCCCGCCGAGCUGCAAACCACACCUGAGUCAGUCCAGCUGCAGGACAGCUGGGUCCUUGGCAGUAAUGCGCCACUGGAAAGCAGAGAAUUAGGAAAUCAAGCAGUCCUUGCAAAUGGUCAUGACAACCUUAUAGAGAUGGAUGUGUUUUCUCCAACAUAUCACGAUAGCAGUUAUGGGCAUUUCCUAUUCAAAACAGGAACAGGGACCACACCGCUGUUCAGUACUGCAACACCAGGGUACACAAUGGCAUCCGGCUCUGUUUAUUCCCCUCCUACUCGGCCACUACCUAGGAACACUUUAUCCAGAAGUGCUUUUAAAUUCAAGAAGUCUUCGAAGUACUGUAGCUGGAAAUGUACUGCACUCUGUGCUGUAGGGGUGUCAGUGCUGCUGGCAAUACUGCUGUCCUACUUUAUAGCAAUGCAUCUGUUUGGCCUCAACUGGCAGUUGCAGCAAACUGAAAAUGAUACAUUUGAGAAUGGAAAAGUGAAUUCUGAUACUGUACCAACACAUCCUGUAACAGUACCUGCUGGAGAGAAUGGAAAAUUAGGGGGAUUUGCACAAGAAAACAACACCAUAGAUUCUGGAGAACUUGAUAUAGGCCGAAGAGUGAUACAAGAAGUUCCCCCAGGGAUUUUUUGGAGAUCGCAACUCUUCAUUGAUCAGCCACAAUUCCUAAAAUUCAAUAUAUCCCUUCAAAAAGAUGCAUUGAUUGGAGUAUAUGGCCGAAAAGGCUUACCGCCUUCACAUACUCAGUAUGACUUUGUGGAGCUCCUGGAUGGCAGCCGGCUGAUUGCGAGGGAGCAACGCAACCUGCUGGAGUUGGAGCGAGCGGGCCGGCAGGCGAGGUCUGUCAGUGUCCACGAGGCAGGUUUUAUCCAGUAUUUGGAUUCUGGCAUCUGGCACCUGGCCUUUUAUAAUGAUGGGAAAAACGUGGAGCAGGUGUCUUUUAAUACCAUAAUUAUAGAGUCUGUGGUGGAAUGCCCCCGAAAUUGUCAUGGCAACGGCGAAUGUGUAUCUGGAUCCUGCCAUUGUUUUCCUGGUUUUCUAGGCCCAGAUUGUUCAAGAGCAGCCUGCCCGGUGCUGUGCAGUGGCAAUGGGCAGUACUCCAAAGGACGCUGCCUGUGCUACAGCGGCUGGAAGGGCACCGAGUGUGAUGUGCCUACCACGCAGUGCAUCGAUCCCCAGUGUGGGGGCCGGGGCAUUUGCAUCAUGGGCUCUUGUGCCUGCAACUCUGGGUACAAAGGAGAGAAUUGUGAAGAAGGAAUGACGAGUUUAUCUGGUCCUUCUCAUAUCCCCGAAGCGGAUUGCUUGGACCCAGCCUGCUCCAGCCAUGGCAUGUGUAUCCACGGCGAGUGCCACUGCAACCCAGGCUGGGGUGGCAACAACUGUGAAAUUCUGAAGACAAUGUGCCCUGACCAGUGCUCUGGUCACGGCACCUACCUUCAAGAGAGUGGCACCUGCACUUGUGACCCCAACUGGACAGGUCCAGAUUGCUCCAAUGAAAUCUGCUCGGUGGACUGCGGCACCCACGGCGUGUGCAUGGGCGGCACGUGUCGCUGCGAGGAAGGCUGGACGGGCGCCACCUGCACCCAGCGCGCCUGCCACCCCCGCUGCGCCGAGCACGGCACCUGCAAGGACGGGAAGUGUGAAUGUAGCCAGGGAUGGAAUGGAGAGCACUGUACCAUUGAGGGAUGCCCUGGCUUGUGCAACAGCAAUGGGAGGUGCACACUGGACCAAAACGGCUGGCACUGCGUCUGCCAGCCGGGAUGGAGGGGAGCGGGCUGUGACGUAGCCAUGGAGACUCUCUGCACUGACAGUAAGGACAACGAAGGAGAUGGGCUAGUCGACUGUAUGGAUCCAGACUGCUGUUUGCAGAGUUCUUGCCAAAACCAGCCUUAUUGUCGUGGACUACCUGAUCCCCAGGAUAUUAUCAGCCAAAACCAACAGUCACCAUCUCAGCAAGCUGCCAAAGCAUUUUAUGACCGGAUCAGUUUUCUCAUUGGAGCAGACAGCACACAUGUCAUACCUGGGGAAAGUCCUUUUAAUAAGAGUCUUGCAUCCGUCAUAAGGGGCCAAGUUUUAACAGCUGAUGGAACACCACUCAUUGGAGUCAAUGUCUCCUUUCUACACUAUCCAGACUAUGGAUACACAAUCACUCGCCAAGAUGGAAUGUUUGACUUGGUAGCGAAUGGUGGUGCCUCUCUGACCCUGGUGUUUGAGCGAUCACCGUUCCUGACACAGUAUCACACAGUAUGGAUUCCCUGGAAUGUCUUUUAUGUCAUGGAUACCCUGGUCAUGAAGAAGGAAGAGAAUGACAUUCCUAGUUGUGAUCUGAGUGGAUUUGUAAGGCCAAACCCAGUUAUUGUGUCAUCACCUUUAUCCACCUUCUUUAGAAUUUCUCCUGAAGAUAGUCCCAUCAUCCCAGAGACACAGGUACUUCAUGAAGAAACAACAAUACCAGGAACCGAUUUGAAGUUAUCAUACUUGAGCUCCAGGGCUGCAGGAUAUAAAUCUGUUUUGAAGAUCACUAUGACCCAAUCUGUUAUACCAUUUAAUUUAAUGAAGGUUCAUCUGAUGGUGGCAGUGGUGGGAAGACUUUUCCAAAAAUGGUUCCCUGCAUCCCCAAAUCUAGCUUACACUUUCAUAUGGGAUAAAACUGAUGCAUACAACCAGAGAGUCUAUGGAUUAUCUGAAGCUGUUGUGUCUGUAGGUUAUGAAUAUGAGUCUUGCUUGGAUCUAACCCUCUGGGAAAAGCGGACUGCCAUUUUGCAGGGUUAUGAACUGGAUGCCUCCAACAUGGGUGGCUGGACAUUGGAUAAACAUCAUGUAUUGGAUGUUCAGAAUGGGAUCCUCUACAAAGGGAAUGGUGAAAAUCAAUUUAUAUCUCAGCAACCCCCAGUUGUUAGUAGCAUUAUGGGCAAUGGAAGACGACGCAGCAUCUCCUGUCCAAGUUGUAAUGGUCAAGCUGAUGGUAAUAAAUUAUUGGCUCCAGUUGCCUUAGCUUGUGGGAUAGAUGGCAGUCUUUACGUGGGAGAUUUCAACUACGUUCGGCGGAUAUUCCCAUCUGGAAAUGUAACUAGUGUUCUGGAGCUAAGAAAUAAAGAUUUUAGACAUAGCAACAACCCAGCUCACAGAUACUACCUUGCAACUGACCCCGUGACGGGAGAUUUGUACGUUUCCGACACAAACACACGCAGGAUUUAUCGGCCCAAGUCACUGAUGGGUGCAAAAGACCUGACAAAAAAUGCUGAGGUAAUAGGAGGAACAGGGGAGCAGUGCCUACCAUUUGAUGAGGCAAGGUGUGGUGAUGGAGGCAAGGCGGUGGAGGCAACUCUCAUGAGCCCUAAAGGAAUAGCAAUUGACAAGAAUGGUUUAAUCUACUUUGUUGAUGGGACCAUGAUCAGAAAAGUGGAUCAGAACGGAAUAAUAUCCACUUUGCUUGGCUCCAAUGACCUGACCUCAGCACGACCUCUAACCUGUGAUACCAGCAUGCACAUCAGCCAGGUUCGUCUGGAGUGGCCUACAGAUUUAGCAAUCAACCCAAUGGAUAACUCCAUUUAUGUUUUGGAUAACAACGUAGUUCUGCAGAUCACUGAAAACCGCCAGGUUCGCAUUGCAGCGGGGAGGCCAAUGCACUGCCAGGUGCCUGGGGUGGAGUAUGCGGUGGGAAAGCACGCGGUGCAGACCACGCUGGAGUCAGCAACUGCCAUUGCUGUGUCCUACAGUGGCGUACUCUACAUUACAGAAACUGAUGAAAAAAAGAUCAAUAGGAUAAGACAGGUCACAACUGAUGGGGAGAUCUCAUUAGUUGCUGGAAUACCUUCCGAGUGCGAUUGCAAAAAUGAUGUCAACUGUGACUGUUACCAAAAUGGGGAUGGCUAUGCUAAAGAUGCCAAACUUAAUGCUCCUUCCUCCUUAGCCGUGUCUCCAGAUGGCACCCUAUAUAUUGCUGAUCUGGGAAAUAUUAGGAUACGGGCCGUAUCAAAGAAUAAACCCUUAUUGACUUCAAUGAACUUUUAUGAAGUUGCCUCUCCAACUGAUCAAGAGCUUUAUAUCUUUGAUGUCAAUGGUACUCACCAGUACACCGUGAGUUUAGUCACUGGAGACUAUCUGUACAAUUUUAGCUACAGUAAUGAUAAUGAUAUUACUGCGGUAACAGAUAGCAAUGGGAAUACUCUUCGUAUCCGACGGGAUCCCAACCGGAUGCCAGUAAGAGUGGUCUCUCCUGAUAACCAAGUCAUCUGGUUGACGAUAGGCACUAACGGAUGCUUGAAAAGUAUGACUGCACAGGGGCAGGAACUUGUCUUGUUUACUUACCAUGGCAACAGUGGACUUCUGGCAACUAAAAGCGAUGAGACUGGAUGGACCACUUUUUUUGACUAUGAUAGUGAGGGCCGUCUAACAAACGUUACAUUCCCAACUGGAGUUGUUACUAACCUUCAUGGGGAAAUGGAAAGGGCCAUUACAGUGGACAUUGAGUCAUCCAGCAGAGAGGAAGAUGUCAGCAUCACUUCCAACUUAUCAUCAAUUGAUUCUUUCUAUACCAUGGUUCAAGAUCAGUUGAGAAAUAGUUACCAGAUUGGUUAUGAUGGCUCGCUGAGAAUUCUGUACGCCAGCGGCCUGGACUCACACUAUCAGACAGAACCGCAUGUGUUGGCUGGCACUGCCAACCCAACAGUGGCAAAGAGAAACAUGACCCUCCCGGGGGAGAACGGGCAGAACCUGGUGGAGUGGCGAUUCCGGAAAGAGCAAGCCCAGGGAAAAAUCAAUGUGUUUGGCCGAAAGCUUCGGGUUAAUGGCAGGAACCUCCUUUCAGUUGACUUUGAUCGAACCACAAAGACAGAAAAGAUCUACGAUGACCACCGUAAAUUUCUGCUGAGGAUUGCCUACGACACAUCAGGGCACCCCACCCUGUGGCUACCAAGCAGCAAGCUGAUGGCUGUCAAUGUUACCUAUUCAUCCACAGGUCAAAUAGGCAGCAUACAGCGAGGGACGACUAGUGAAAAAAUAGAGUAUGAUGGACAGGGAAGGAUAGUGUCUAGAGUGUUUGCUGAUGGGAAAACUUGGAGUUACACAUAUUUGGAAAAGUCAAUGGUUCUUCUGCUUCAUAGCCAACGGCAGUAUAUCUUCGAAUAUGAUCUGUUGGAUCGGCUUUCUGCUGUCACCAUGCCCAGCGUGGCUCGUCACACCAUGCAGACUAUCCGCUCCAUUGGCUAUUACCGGAAUAUAUAUAACCCCCCAGAAAGUAAUGCCUCUGUUAUAAUGGACUACAAUGAAGAAGGGCAGCUCCUUCAAACUGCUUUCCUGGGGACAAGCCGAAGAGUGUUAUUCAAGUACAGACGGCAGACCAAGCUCUCGGAAAUAUUAUAUGAUACCACAAGAGUUAGUUUUACUUACGAUGAGACAGCAGGAGUCCUGAAAACAGUAAACCUCCAAAGCGAUGGCUUUAUCUGCACAAUUAGAUACAGGCAAAUUGGACCAUUGAUUGACAGACAGAUUUUCCGCUUUAGCGAGGACGGAAUGGUAAAUGCCCGAUUUGACUACAGCUAUGACAAUAGCUUCAGAGUGACUAGCAUGCAAGGUGUCAUCAACGAAACCCCACUGCCUAUCGAUCUCUACCAGUUUGAUGAUAUCUCUGGCAAAGUUGAACAAUUUGGAAAAUUUGGAGUUAUAUAUUAUGAUAUUAACCAGAUCAUUUCGACAGCUGUAAUGACCUACACAAAACACUUUGAUGCACAUGGCCGCAUCAAGGAAAUCCAGUAUGAAAUAUUUCGGUCAUUAAUGUACUGGAUUACAAUUCAGUACGAUAACAUGGGACGAGUGACAAAAAGAGAAAUUAAGAUUGGGCCAUUUGCCAACACCACAAAAUAUGCUUAUGAAUAUGAUGUAGAUGGUCAGCUCCAGACAGUUUAUCUAAAUGAGAAAAUAAUGUGGCGAUACAACUAUGACCUGAAUGGCAACCUCCACUUGCUCAACCCCAGCAGUAGUGCCCGUUUGACGCCACUUCGCUAUGACCUGAGAGACAGAAUAACUCGACUUGGUGAUGUUCAGUACCGCUUAGAUGAAGAUGGAUUUCUGCGUCAGAGGGGUACUGAAAUCUUUGAAUACAGUUCAAAGGGCCUUCUUACUCGAGUUUAUAGCAAAGGCAGUGGGUGGACAGUGAUUUACCGUUAUGAUGGACUUGGACGACGAGUUUCCAGUAAAACUAGCCUUGGACAGCAUCUCCAGUUUUUUUAUGCAGACCUUACUUACCCAACCAGGAUAACUCAUGUAUAUAACCACUCAAGUUCUGAAAUCACGUCUCUUUACUAUGAUCUGCAAGGACACCUUUUUGCCAUGGAAAUCAGCAGUGGAGAUGAGUUUUACAUUGCAUCAGACAAUACGGGGACACCACUGGCUGUUUUCAGUAGCAAUGGUCUCAUGCUUAAACAAAUCCAAUAUACUGCUUAUGGAGAGAUCUAUUUCGACUCUAACCUUGACUUCCAGCUAGUAAUAGGAUUUCAUGGAGGCUUAUAUGACCCACUGACCAAGCUAGUCCACUUUGGAGAAAGAGAUUAUGACAUACUGGCAGGCCGGUGGACAACACCUGAUAUAGAAAUCUGGAAGAGAAUUGGGAAGGAUCCAGCUCCUUUUAAUUUGUACAUGUUUAGAAAUAACAACCCAGCCAGUAAAAUACACGAUGUGAAGGAUUAUAUCACAGAUGUUAACAGCUGGCUGGUGACAUUCGGCUUCCAUCUGCACAAUGCUAUUCCUGGUUUCCCUGUUCCAAAGUUUGAUUUAACAGAACCAUCUUAUGAACUUGUGAAGAGCCAGCAAUGGGAGGACAUACCACCAAUUUCUGGAGUGCAACAACAAGUGGCAAGACAAGCAAAGGCUUUCCUUUCCCUGGGAAAGAUGGCAGAAGUGCAGGUCAGCAGACGGAAAUCCAGUGGAGAGAAGUCAUGGCUGUGGUUUGCUACAGUGAAGUCUCUGAUUGGGAAAGGGGUGAUGCUUGCUGUCAAUCAAGGCAAAGUGCAAACAAACGUGCUUAACAUUGCAAAUGAGGACUGCAUAAAAGUGGCAGCUGUUCUGAACAACGCCUACUACCUAGAAAACUUGCAUUUCACUGUUGAGGGAAAGGACACACACUAUUUUAUCAAGACCACCUCCCCCGAGAGUGAUCUUGGGACACUGAGGCUGACAAGUGGGCGGAAGGCCCUGGAGAACGGCAUCAAUGUCACUGUUUCCCAGUCCACCACUGUGGUAAACGGCAGGACUCGUAGGUUUGCUGAUGUUGAAAUGCAAUAUGGUGCUCUAGCACUUCACAUCCGCUAUGGCAUGACACUUGAUGAGGAAAAGGCCCGAAUACUGGAGCAAGCCAGGCAAAGAGCUCUUUCCAGUGCCUGGGCCAGAGAACAACAGAGAGUAAGAGAUGGAGAGGAAGGCGCCAGGUUGUGGACAGAAGGAGAAAAGAGGCAGUUGCUAAGUGCUGGAAAGGUACAAGGAUACGAUGGGUACUAUGUACUCUCUGUGGAGCAAUAUCCAGAAUUAGCAGACAGUGCUAACAAUAUACAGUUCCUCAGACAAAGCGAGAUAGGAAAGAGGUAACACACUGGCUUAGCUCAGGCUGCCAAAGAGACUUUAUCAGUGUCUUCUAAAAAGGAGACCAAACUGUUUUGCUGCAUUACUACUUGAGCCUAAGCUUACAUCUUUGCUCAGAUUUUUUCUGUAGCACAAUCUGAAGAGACUCUGUAACGAAAAGAGCGCCUUCCAGGAGAAUGAUACUUCUAAUGACAAAACUUUUUUUUUUUUUCUCAAUGACCUUAAAGGUGAUCUGCUUUAAAGAAUAUGUUUACAUAUGCAUAUGGCUGCACUCAAGUUGGACUGAAAAGUAUUUAAAAAAAAAUAGAAGAAAAAAAGAAAAGAAAAAGGCCUACAGAUUUUGCAAGAGGCUGUCUGUUCCUUUGAGGCACUGUAUUUAAUUAAGAUACAGACCAAUACAGUGUUUCCAAAUAUUACUGAACUGUUGACCUUUGCUUAUGAGAAGUAGUCUCUUUCUCUUUUUCUCUCUUUCUCACUGCAUAGGAUGUGGUAUAUAUCUGUUAAUUUUAAAAUGUGGGGCAAAAAGUACUGUUUAUAUAUAGACAACCCGACUGCUUUAAACUGUGCUGCUUUCUAAAAGGACAUUGGCACAAGUGACUUAUGCUACCAUGAGAAUUUAAUAAUGGAUUUUACAAUGCUAACAUGGUUUGCCUUGGGGGGAAAAUGGCAAGCAGAAUCCUUAUUGCAGAUAAGCAAAGGAAACCCUGAUUUUUUUGUAAAUUAUGUGAGACAAGUUGUUUAUGGAUUUUUAUAUGAAUUACAAUUUACUGUACAUCAAAUAUUAGUCUCAGAGGAGUUAAUUUAUGUAAAGUGUUUAAAAAAGUUUAUACUUAAAAAUAAAAUGAUAAAAACAUGUGCUGUGUGUGAUUUUUUUAAAGAAAAAGGAAUUGCACCUUUUAUGUUAUAGCUGUACAGUAUAAAGGAUUAUAUUGUAGAGAUAUAACGGUGAUGACUUAUGUCCAAAAGUGUUAAUAUUUUUGUAUUAGGUUUAAAGCUGUGCAUCUAUCACUCUGCUGAUACGAUGGGACACUCCAAAGUGGCUGGUAAAAUCAGACCACAGCUCUCUUCCCCUCCCUUACCUCUCCUGUCACCCAGGCCAGUGCCACUUCAUCAGUCAUUGUUAGAAGGCACAGUAACCAAAUAAGUCUUGUUUAUUAUGAUGGAAGACUUUAAUAGGUUGGGUUUUCCUUGUCCUUUUCCAGCCCUAAUGUAAUAAAUGGACAUUUCUUCAUACCAGGUGGGGUUUCUGUUGUUUUUUUAGAAGCUUUGUUUCACAAUGGAGAUAAUAGUGUCUCAGGUGCUUGGCAAAUUGUAUGUAGAAGAAGAAAUGUUGUUUCAUCCAGUUAUGUCAACUUUGUCUUCUGUAUAAUACAGCUCUUUUAGAUGUUAAUAACUCCAGACAGAAAAAGUGUACCUCUGACCUGAUGCCACAGAACUGCUCUUUAGGCAGGCAGGCUGUUCAGUAGGUUCAUCUCUGGCCUUCAGCUGGCAGAUCAAACCCCAUUACUGUGAACACUGAACCUGGGGAUGGAGAGGAAGGUCCAAUUUUAGUGCCUAGUCUGCAUCUCCACACCACUGCAUAGAUUUGGCAUGCUCUGCUCCAAGACCCAGUAUAUUUGCUGCAGGAUAGAACUUCUGAAGCAUGCAGCUGGUUCCUUAUAGGAAGCCUGUGGUGGCAUCUAUGGCAUCUGUUCUACAUCUUGGCUGAAACCAUUCUUAGAGCUUUACUCUCAUGAGCAUUCAAUUCAGCCACAAAAAUAUUUUUAAGAUGAGACAAAAUUGGGGUUUUUUGAUGUUAAUUGAAAUAUAAACAGUAUUUCUAUCCAUGUAUUAUAAUGACAAAACAUAGUAAGUGAACGUGUCUUAACUAUGAAUGGUUCAAGUGGAUGUAAUAAAAAUAGUUUUCUAACUACUUUGUAUUCUGAGAGUCUAUGGUAUUACAUACUCUAAAUUGCACAUUAGGAUUGUUUGAUAUACCGAUUUUAAUUUCUCCCAGCCACGUGGCUACCGAAUCUACAGUAUCAGUGCAAUUACUGUAUGUGUGUAUUUGGUAGAGCAUACAGAACUAAUUACACAUAUAAUGAAUGCUAAUCAUCUAUUAGAAUGAAAGCACAGAUUAGUUGUUAGUAUUUUUACCCUUGAAGUCUUAAGGGCCCUAAAUUUAGAGAGGAUGAUAUGUCAGACCCCAGAGGUGUGUCACUGAUCUACGUAUUCUUUUGAAAGAUGUAAAAUGCUAGGUGUUUGCAGUUCUGUUGGGUGGCUCUUCCACAGCACUGUAUUUAGCAUGCUGUAAGUGCUCUCUGUUGAAAUAGGCUCAUAUUCUAAAUUAUGUCAAAUGUUUCUGUUCUGUUUGAAUAUGAAAAGCUUGUAUAACAUGUCAACAAUGAAAUAUAUCUUCUAUUUGACGCAUACCAGUUCCUUCUCCUUUGUUCUGGCAGCAAUAAACAACAAAUGAUAGUAUCUGUUGGUGAUCAUUUUAGAUGAAGUCAAAUCAAGCCAAUUAGCAGCCUCGUUAGCAGGUAUAAUGAGCCUAUUUCUUGCUAAAAAAGACUUGUGAUCUGGACAUGCUCCUGCAGGAAAUAGUGACCUUGGGGAAUAUAUAAACAAAAGAUCUUUUUAAAGAAAAAAUAUGUAUAAUUAGAAGAAGCAUAUUACAAAAAAAGGAUUCUCCGUAUUUUAGGCAAUGCCAGUCAAAAUGCUAUCCUGAUAUUUUGAGAUGUAUAUUUCGUCUGAUUUGUAUUGUUCUUUUAAUUUGCCUUCUUAACUUUAUAUGUGUCCUGAAUUUUCCACGAAUUGAUAACUAUAGAUUGCAUCUAGGCUUUCCAAUAAAAGCCAACCCAAUGUG